UAACAGGUGAUGAUCUGUAUUUGCUCAGUUUGAGUGACGCACACGCAUCGGUGUAAUAUUUUAUAUAUGAAAUACGUGACCGGAUCGACAGAUGGCGCCGCUCCCGCAGGCAUAAGGCUUCGGAGAUUGUUACCGCAGAAGAGCAGAUGGCCGAUUGAAGGAGGAUGUUCACUCCAAAUAAACCUGCACAUAAUUACCUGCAAACCUGCUGUAUAGCUGGACAGGAUUUUUGAAUUACUCGCAUCCAAUUCUCAAUUAAAACGAGGUGUCACUCAAGGCGUUGUGCUCGGACCAUUAGCUUUAAUAGGUUUCAUAUGUCCAACAUCGCCAGCUAUUGUUGCUUUGUUGAGAAAAUCUGUCAUUAAGCCUCCCAGUAAUGACUUGAAAGAUUGCUCUCCGGUUUAAAGUAGUGUUUUCCUCUGUCGCAUUAGCGUCCGUCUAGUGAAGAAAAUGGCGUAGAAAGCAUUUCCUCGCAAGUAAUGAAGUGCUUUACCGCGUCGAGUGUUGAAGAUAGAGUAGUCGGUGAUGGAUGGAUUUCAGUCACCUGCGCAAGAGUUGCUUUCACGGGCUUAUCAACCGUCGCGCAGUGCGCAGGCGCCGCGCCAGUCGCCCCCGGCCGCCGCUCCGGCCCGCACGCAUCGCGUCCGCGCAGUCCGUCCGACAACUUGGACUUUCGAUUUUGUUUCGCAACUGUAUAAGUGCAAAUAUUGUGGUGUCAGUGCAAAAACUAAUGUUGACGGAUCAUCACCUGGGAUUUCCAAGGUUAAAACCAAAGUGUGCAGUGCAAAAAGGAUCAGUUCUUAAGUGUGGUUUUCCUUCGCCGGCUACCGUCACGCGCGUCGACUAGUUUUUCCAUUGAAUACAGUAACACAACUACAUUCAUUGUAAAGCGAAGCCACGUGCAGCCGGACUGAGAUUAAUCAGAAAAUUGCUUUACAGUCACCGUAAAACUCACUCAAGUGGCCGUAAAAGGCAAUUAACCACUGUGCGUCUGUAACUUUCCAUUGUGACUAUAGACCUUACAAUAACAAACAAGAAAGUGCCCAAAAUAUAGUGCAAAAACAACAGAAACAGAAACCAACCAAUCAGUGCAUCGAUACUCCAAGUUUGGACCAAUCGCGGAAUGCCGCCGUAUCACGUUGACCAAUAGCAAGCAGUGGUAGUAAUUCAAGGUGGCUGCGACCGAGCUGAAGGAGGCUCUGGUGGAGCGCGAGGGUGAUGGCUGCUGCUGCACUGGAAUGAGGAUCGGUGACCUCGGGGGAGUCCUUCUAGAGGCCGCCAAGCUGACGCGCUCGUGGUUCUGUCAGAACCCUAGCUACGGCUUCUCCCAGAAGGUGGAUGAGGAGGAGACGGGAGGGGGGGUUCCUCUGCACCCCCCUGACGGGUUCUACUCGCACCAGCACUCGAUCCACUCGGGCCACCAUGGCAUGCACCAGGAGCCUGACCGAGGGUAUAUGGAGGGGAACAGAUAUGUUGCCGCUGCACAUCGCCCUAUGCCUGCUCUGAACCACUCUAACUCGUCAUGUUCAUCAGCGUCCAACGCCAGCGUGUCGGGCGGCCCGCUGACGGGCGAGCCGGCGCCGCCGUUGUUCAUCGCAGCGCCACCAGAGGGCUUCGGGCAUGCGGUGCACCAGAGCAACAGGCGUGGAACAGACGUGUCCAUCAUGGGGACAUCUGGAAUGACACAAAAAGAUCCAAGUUUACCCCAAAAACGGGGUAAAUUGGCGCGAGGUCGUUAUGAAAUGUCUCAAGACCUCCUGGAUAAGCAGACAGAGAUCUUAGAGAGGAGAUACGGUGGACUUCGUGCGAGGAGAGCCGCUGUGACUAUCCAAAGAGCCUUCAGAAGACGGCAACUGCUGAAGAAGUUUUCAGCCAUUACGGCGAUGGCCAAGGCGGCCGAUUCAAACAAUAGACGAACGCUUCAGGAAGGCGAUCAUCAACUAGUCAAUGGUAACGAUAUCUACGGGAACUCGUUACUCCAGAAGAGUCCGGGUGGCAUGGAGAAGAGCCUGGCGCUCACCAGACCCAUGCGGUCCAUGUCGCUCCGGGAACGACAUGAUGUGGACAUGAGCAACCACCUACAAAUGCAGAUGCAAAUGGAGAACCAGAGCGACGUCGAAGCGAUGUUGGCUCGCGUGCAACAGUCCGCGCAUCAGAUCCACAUGAUCGCGACGGAAAUGCCCCACCACCGGGGCGACGGCGACAGUGGGGUAUGCGGUUGCUCUGUCAGUGGGUCGGUGACAAACAUAUCGACGUCCUCGUCGCACAAUGAAUCUCUACACAGCCACCAGCUGAUGAAUAACUCAGGCCCAAUAUACGGGAACCUGCUAUCCUCCGGCGGGAAACCCCUCUCGUCGCCCACGGCGCGGCAGCAGCAGCAGCUCGCCGCCAUCCAGGCCGCCGCCGCGCGCAGACUGCCGCCCGAGGUGCCUAAGAGGACCAGCAGUAUUACCCUCAAUGCCGAGAGCCCAGUGUCGCUGCGUCGCGCAGACUGCGGCGCCGUCGCGCGCGGCGGCUCCAUGUCGUCGGUGCAGUCGUCAUCAUCGUCGUCGUCGCAGGAGCACCGGCACCACUACCACCAGCCGUACCAGCCGAGGGCUCCGGAGCCCCACCUCCUGCAAGAGCACGUGCAUUCGCACCGCGGAGCCAUGUACGGACCUCCUGAACAGUACACCGUGUGGAAGCGACAAGACAACGCGCCACACUACGACGCGCCGCCGCCGCCCGCGCCCUGCUGCCGCCAGCCGCCGCCGACGCUCAAGGUCUCAGAGACGGUGCGCAAGCGCCAAUACAGGGUGGGACUAAACCUGUUCAACAAGAAGCCGGAGCGCGGCAUCGCCUACCUCAUCUCUAGAGGGUUCCUGGAGAACAGCCCUAGGGGGGUGGCCAGAUUCCUGAUAACGCGCAAGGGCCUCAGCAAGCAGAUGAUCGGCGAGUACCUCGGCAACCUGCAGAACACCUUCAACAUGGCUGUGCUAGAAUGCUUCGUAAACGAGCUCGACCUAUCCGGCAUGGCAGUGGACGUGGCCCUCCGCCGCUACCAGGCCCACUUCCGGCUGCCGGGCGAGGCGCAGAAGAUCGAGCGACUGGUGGAGGCUUUCGCACGGCGCUACUGCGCGUGCAACCCCGACUUCGUGCAGCGCCUGCGCACGCAGGAUACCAUAUUCGUGCUAGCGUUCGCCAUAAUAAUGCUGAACACCGACCUUCACACGCCCAACCUGAAGCCAGAAGCUCGCAUGUCUCUAGACGACUUUGUGCGCAAUCUACGCGGCAUCGACGACUGUGGAGAUAUAGACCGGGACAUGCUCGCCGGGAUAUAUGACAGGGUCAAGUGCAGCGAGUUUAGACCCGGCAGCGACCAUGUUACUCAGGUGAUGAAAGUGCAAGCAACAAUAGUGGGCAAGAAGCCCCAACUAGCCCUGCCGCAUCGCCGCCUCGUGUGCUACUGCCGGCUGUACGAGAUCCCCGACAUACACAAGAAGGAACGCCCCGGCGUGCACCAGAGAGAGGUAUUCCUCUUCAACGACCUGCUAGUCAUCACGAAGAUAUUCAGCAAGAAGAAGUCGUCGGUGACCUACACGUUCCGGCAGUCGUUCCCGCUGUGCGGCAUGAUCGUCAACCUGUUCUCUGUGCCGCACUACCCAUUCGGCAUCCGCCUCUCUCGGCGCGUGGACGGGCGCCGGCUGGCCACGUUCAACGCGCGCAACGAACACGACCGAUGCAAGUUCGCUGAAGACCUGCGCGAGAGCGUGGCCGAGAUGGACGAGAUGGAGGCCAUGAGGAUCGAGCAGGAGCUGUCUAAGGGGAAGGGGAGGCCGAAUAAUAAUAAUAGGAAUGUGAUGGAGAACCGUGACAGCGGCGUCGCUGACGUGGACGUGGACCACCAGCCCUGCCUGGACCACGUACACCAGAUGCACGGCUACAUAGUAUCGAGCGUGGCGGUGCCCCCGCCCCCCUCCUGCCCCGCGCCCGCCGCCCCGCGCCUGUCUCAGAACCCGCCACCGACCAACAUCAUCAAGCGGAAUGUGCUGAGCAACUCGCUGGUUGAUAUUAAUGAUCCGGUGGCGCUAGCAGCAGAACGGCUCCAACGUCGGGGCUCCGUGGGCUCCCUGGACAGCGGCAUGUCGGUCUCCUUCCAGCACCAGCAGGGCUCCCGUACCGCGCUGCACCGCCCCGAGCAGCGCUCCCCAGGUCGUCUGUUCGGAGGCAUCUUCCCGGGGAGGCAACGCAAGCUGAGCGCCUCUGGAGUGCCUGACAGCAAGGGGGCACUGGGAAAAAGCACAGAAGUCUAAACAAACAGCUGUGACCUCAAGGAGUAUGCAACCUGCUUGGUUUGAUUAUCUAUUGGCUGAUAAGAAAACUUUUUAAAUUGUAUGUCUCAACGGCCAGUAUGUUUGCUUUCAAAUUUGGAACGGCUGACUUCACCAUCCUUGUGUUGACAAGAAACUGAUUGUUUCUAAACUUUUUCUUGAAGUGCCAUUUUAUGCAUUACUGGGUAUUUAUUUCAAGCUUGGAACGGACUUUUAGAAAGGGCUUUUUGGUCUUUGCUACAUAUCUCACCCAUUUGUGUGAGAAAAUACGAAACAGAGAGAGAGAAAUCUGUUGUAUGUCGUUUUUGGCACUUAGAUAUUUGAGCGUUAUCUAUCUUUCUAUACAUUUGUGAACUUUUAUAAGAGUUGUGUUGAAUGUAACACAAUCUCUAGUUUACCUACAUAAUGGCUGAUUACCUUGGUAAACACCAAGUGGAUGAGAUUUGAUCAGGGUAUCAAGUUUUUUACAAGACUCGUUUUGGAUAGGUAGUUUGAAAUGUAGGGUUGAAACGAAAAAUUCGCAACUUCCAUUGUUGACGUGCCAACUGUUUUCUACGGUACGCCUUGUUACAUUCUUUCAAUUAAAUACGAUUUUGUAACCUUGUCAAUACAUUAUUUGAUUACUUAGAAAUAUUUGACAACGAUGAUCGAACUUAAAAUAUGUAUGUUUGUUUUCAAAUUGUGGGUCCAUAUUUUGAACAGAUGUAAAAGUUUGGAAUCGUAUGAUAUGUAAAGAGAGUUUUACGUAAUUAUUUUUUACAUAUUUGAAGUAGAUACAAAAGUAUGCUUGUAAUAAAAAAAAACAUUCAUUGCAUGUUACCAAGAGCCAAAAGUAUUAAUAAAAUAUAUUCGUAUCUAGAUCGUUAAAAAACUUAAUUUCUUGAAAUAAAUAUUUACUGUAGUUGUACAUACGUUGGGACUAGCGAAAGAAAAUUACAAUUUGUAGCUAUCACAAUAUUUAUUUUCGCACAAAUAUAAAGCAAUAUUAUAAUUACAUCUCAAUUUUUGAAAUUACAAUAAAUUUAAUCGUAGUGAAGAAAAAAAUCACGAAUUUAUUCACUGUUGUUGAUGCAUUUUCAUAGAAAUUAUAGUACAUUUUAAUGAUUAUUGAAAGAAAAUUCUCCAUAGACUUAAGAAAUUUAAAUAAUCUCUUUAAAAAGACAUUGAGAACGAUUCUUGAGGGACAAAAUUACAUUUGAGUUUACACAGUCCACCAUUAAGUACUGUAAGAUCACCAAGGGUGACAUUCAUCAAAGUGUUCAAUCUAGAUUAAGUGUCUAAUCUCAAUUUAAGAAACGUUUAGUCCAUAUAUGGCAUGAAUCGAGAUUUAACACUAAGAUCUAGAUUUAAUAUGUUGGUGCAAGUGGCCCGAAAGUUUUUAAAAUUUUAAAUAAAAAUUUGGUUCCAUUAGAAUCGCAUCCAUUAUCUUUAAUAUAAAAAAUAUUAUUUUCUUACUUAAUACUUGUAAUAUUAUGUUUUGUGACCAUUAUGAAGGCAUUUAUUAACAUUAAAUUUUAAUAAUCUAUGAAGGGUGAAUCUUGAUACAUGAUUAAAUAUGUAUGUAUACUUAAAGUUUGUUUUAUCGACAGUAUAUUAUUAUGUUAAGUCUCAACUCUGUUCAUUAUACCCUUGUACUACAUACAUGACCCAUCGAACCAUUCUGUUCUUGUAUUCGUGAAACCUACCUACUUUCACAGUCAAGUAUUUUAAAGUACUUACUUAACUUGAGAGUUUUCUGAAGAUCCACAAAAAAGUAGAAAUUCCAAAUUGGACUGGUCAAAUGAAUUGUCUGUAAAAUUCAUUUAGGUACUAAUAUCGUACUCAUAAAGUAAAUAUUAAUUAAAUAUACCUAACUAAAAUAGCGAAUGUUGACUAUUUAACAGUUUGGUAGAUUUAUGUAUUUAAUAAUUGAUACUUUAUAAAAACAAUAGAUAGAAAAUUCGACUUUUUGACUCAAGAAAAGAGCUACUUACUGCUUUUACCUGACUGUACUUUUUAAAAUGCCCUGCAUUUUUGGAAGUCUUUUCCAGUGCAUGUUCUGUCCAUUAUAAUUAUUAUCACUAAAUAUUGAAUCUCCAUUUAUGUGUAGUUAUUAUUACGUAAUUAUCAUAUAAACAAAAAACUAAAACGAUAUUUUCUAAGGUGUGAUUGCAAAUGUUUAAUUGAACCCAAAUCUAUUCGUAGUUUAUCGUUAGUUUUCUUUAAAAUAAACUUUGUGAUACCUAAUUAUUAGGUUCUGUUUUGGUCAAGAUGUAAGGCCCGAGAAAGACACUUUUUGCUGAUUUAAAAGUGUGGGCAUAAUAAUUAUGAUUGCUUUUGUAUAUUUUGCCGAAAGCCAAAGAUGUAAUAUUUUGUGUUCGCGUUGAUUGAUAAUAGUUUAAGGUAGAUUUUCUGAAGUACUGAAUUUGGAUUGUAUUAGAAGUUAAAAUAAAGUGGAAUUGAGAUCUUUUUUCUUUUAUUAAUAAUUUCAGAAAAUCCAUCUUAUUGUUUACGUGUAAGAUUAAGUGGUAUUAUUUGGCUAUAAGGUGACGUAGAGACGUACAUACCAUUUUUUAGGUUUCGGGUUAGCCACUAAAUUUGGUUUACUUGGUUUUCCUGUAACAUAUAACUUGUACUAACUUAUUCAUAUUUAGGUUUAUGUAUGUAUAUUGAAGAGUACACCUAAUAUAUAUCAUUUAGUUUCUAAUUUGGAUUGUUAUAAAUAUUGGAUAUUUAGCCGUAAGCAAUAAUAGCGUUCCAUGUUGUAAAUUGUUGAGAGUUGCUAUACUAAGUCACUUACAAUAGUUUUUAUUUAAAAACAAUGAAAAUGUAUUUAUUUAUUAAAUAUGAAUAACAUUCAUGAGGAA